AUGCCUAUUUACUACAUUUCAGUUUGUUGCCAAAAAAUAACGAACCUCUUUUCAGUUUUGCACCAAAACCAAAGGGGCAGUUUCACUUCUAGGUUUUCUAUUUUCAUUCUGUAUCGAAGGAUUAUAACUUUCACUCAACCCAAAAGGCUUGAAUUUAUUGCGGGUCUCUUCUCCAAGAAUUGCGGCUUCAAGAAUUUGUGUUUGACAGCCAAUUGGAGUCCUCGAAGUAGAGCCCAGGCUUUUGUUUCCAUGGCUGAGGGGCUGAUUACUUUUCCUGCAAAAUCAAUGAUCCAUUGUCCUCUGGAGUCACAUAUUACACCACCUAUUCAAUGUUUAUCUUUUGUAUCCACAAAUGAAUCAUCAGUGUUUAGUUUUAAGAAACCCGGGCUUGGAUGCUUCCAUUUUAAGUGAUAGAUAGUCUUUUGUAGCUUAGCAUAAUGGGUAUCCCCCAAGAUGUAAUAUUCAAUGGACAAUUGAUAGGUAGUUAUCGAGUUGGGUUGAGCAAGUUUACAAUAGAAGAUGUUAUCAUUCCUAGUUUUCCAAAUCUGCCAACUACUAUUCAGCAUCAGAGGGAUCAACAGUGCUUUCAAACUCAACCCCGUCCAUUUUCCUAAUUUUCUUAAAGUUUAUCACAUUGAGAUCAUGCAACAUUUCAGCCAUGUGGUGGAAGAAUUCAGCCAUCUGUUGGAAAGGAGGAUUCAUCAUCUGAGUACUACGGCUCAUGUGAGGAUGUGGGCCUGCUCUUAUACCUUGUUGGUUUCCCACUUCAAAUCCACUAGUACGGGGAACAUAUUGAUCUGAGGAGUGUUCGCCAACCCCUUCUAGUGCAUGAGGUUGGGAAUAAGAGUCACAUGUACCUUCACGGGAAGCGCCAUAAUUCUAUUAGAAGAAAAGUCCAUAACUUAAUUCCUUCAAAAAGGAAGAUUACAUUGUAUUAGGGACAUGUACAUGAUGCA